GGGUUCCGCGCAUAGUUUGUUUAGCAGUGAAAUGCACAUAAGUCUGUAACGCGUCGUAACGGAGCGUAACCAAUCGGAAUCCUACAGGGACAGGGAGUGAAGUGCCGGAUUGUGUAGGUAGAUGUGUAGACCAAUUUGUGUUAUUGUGUAUGAAGUGAUAGUGGCCCGAGUGUUGUGUGGGAAGUUCUAUACGAGCAAGGAAUAGGGGAUAGAAAAGUAUACCGAGUGUCAGAAUAGUUUGCAUUGUAAACACAACGGAGGAGGAUAUUGAUUGGCUGUGUAGUCUUGUGUGGUGACAGUCGCAGCCGUAGUUAAUCCGGAUAAGGAAAUGGUCCUCAGCGAAAGUCAACUGGCACUAUGUACAGUUUUUACAUUGUAUCUGGGUGGUCUCCCGUUGAUGUACUCGCCGGCCCCGAGAGGCGACUGUGAAAAUUGCUGUCCCAUCCGAGAGCCAAAGGAUAUACAGUUUUUCCUCUUCACAAGGCAAAAUCGAGACAAAGGAGACGUGCUCUACGUUUCCGACAAGAAACAUCUGAGAAAGUCCCACCUGAACAGGACCAAUCCGUUGGUAAUCUAUAUGCAUGGCUUCUCGGAACGCGCUCCGGGUGGAGAUGGCGAAAGCAGCAAGCAGAUGAGGGACGCUCUCCUCGAUGCAGACGACUACAAUGUGGUGCUGGUGGAUUGGAGUCCCCUUACGGCGCUACCUUGGUACGUGAACUCCGUCCAGAAUGGGCCCCGCGUUGGACGGUACAUUGCAAGGUUCAUUCGGUUCCUGGUGCUAUCGAAUUUCCCGCUGAAGCAAAUCCACCUGAUCGGGUUCAGUCUGGGAGCGGAGGUGGCUGGAUUUGCGGGGAAAACCCUCAACGAAUGGGGAAUGAAACUGCCAAGGAUAACGGGUCUGGAUCCGGCUUUUCCACUGUACGUAUUUGAGCGUGCCUCCCAGCGGUUGAGCCUUAACGAUGCCGAAUUCGUGGACGUCGUUCACACCGAUGGUGGACUGCUGGGCUACCCGUGGCCAUUGGGUCAUGUGGAUUUCUACCCCAAUGGGGGAAUACCACUGCAGCCGGGCUGUGCCCAGCAGGAACUGGCCAAGAACCGAUGGUUGGGAGUGAUCAUUGGUUGCAGCCAUGCCCGUGCCUGGCAGUACUUUGCCGAAUCUCUGACCAGGCCGAAAGCGUUCCUGUGUGAUCGGUGCGAAAACAGUGAUGACAAUGCAACGGACAGCAAUUGCACCAUGACCAAAGAGGUGUUCAUGGGAAUGAAUACCGACAAAACCCUGCGAGGGAAGUAUUAUUUAACUACGAAUCCGGAGCCACCGUUUGGUAAGAAUUUACCGAUCGACUGAUACGUUUCUAGUUCUAUAGAAAGCACAACUAAUUCCAGAGUUUUGUACAUAGUAGCGAUAAGUAGAAUUUUAAAUUCGUAAAAUGAUUGUGAUUACAUUUUAAUGAAGUU